UGUUCAGAAUUUUUAAUAACAUUGCACUUGGAGGAUUAUUUUUCAAAACAUUGAGAAACUGCAGAAUCUAGUGACUUUUACAGGCAUGUAAUUAGCAAAAGAUCCCCUUUUUUCAUAUGUCUUUGAGGCACUAAGGUGACCUGAGUGAAGAAAUGCGUCAUUUGAUCACAGUGUUAUUGACUAAGGAAAUAAGCUGAAUCACUCAUUUACUUAUUAACCAUUUGCUGGACUGCAAGAUUUUGCAUGAAUGUAAAUUUCAGUGUAUAAAUUAUAAAGAUGUGUUUUCUACCCUGUAGAACUCUGUUACAGGGCAAAUCCUGUUUGAAUAUAAAUUCUUAAAUAAUGUUUUAAGAGUGAAAUAUCAAUGUUCAUUCUCAGGUUCAGCCAUCCACCAGCGGAAAAAAUGAUCGGAAAAACAAUCCAGGAAACUCCAUUGAUAAAAUCCUAAGUUUUCCGAGGGGAAAGAGAAAGCUGGAUCUUCAGGGUGAAUCCAGCAAAUCGAGUAAACAGCAAUGCGGCACUGUACAUGGGUCAUCCUCAGAAGAAAUCGUGCUGUAUGAUGUGAAAAACAUCAUGAGACAUGUCUAUAAAAGGCUACACAACCAAGACAACACAAAGCUCAAUGCUUUCCUGAAGACUAAAAUCAGUGAUUUGGAGACAGACAAGAAGGAGCUGGUUGGUGUCUUUGGUAAAACUGGGGCUGGAAAGAGUUCUCUCAUAAAUGCGAUCAUUGGAGAGAAGGAUCUUUUGCCCUCGGGAACUGUCAGUGCAUGUACCUCAGUCAUGAUUAAAGUGGAGACUAACAUGCACAGCCUGAAGUAUGAGGCAGAGAUUGAAUUCAUUACUAAAGAGGAGUGGAGAGAUGAGUUGUGGUCCUUGUACCAUAUUCUUGGGGAUAAUACAGAUCAAGAACAAGAUGAUGAAGAUGAAGAUGAUGACAAGGACGCUGUUGAAAAGCUGUCAGCAUUGUAUGGAGAAGAUAUUGGAAGAGAUUGGAAAAACGCAUCCCUCAAAAUCCUGAUGGAUGACAAAUAUUUCAGAGAAAUUCCAGAAUUUCUCAAAUCCAAGCCGAAGAUUUUGACCUGUAAAUCAGUAAGUAAGAUUUUAAAACCUCUUACUUGCAUCACUUCAUAA